UCGUAUUUCUCUUUCUUCCCCAUGCUUUAUUUUUGACCUUCGGGCAGAAAGGUGUAGGAUAUGCAGAAGCGUAAAGUUUGUAUGUUUAGUAUCAAGGUUCUUUAAAAAGUUAUUUAAAAUGUCUUUGAUAAAGCUUCCACUUAAAUAUGGGAAUUCACUUAAUCUUCACAGAUGUACUGUUUGUAUACUUCAGCAAAAUAUAUGGGAGUCUAAAGAUUCCUGGGAAAAACAACAGAAAAGAUCAAAAACCAAUUUUGCUCAUGCUCGGUCAAAUAGAGAUCCUCAUGGAUCUUUUGCCUAUUCCUUCUUUUUAGGUAGCAUUAUGAUAAUUAGUUUCCUUGAUUGGAAAUGGUUGCAAAAGAUAGAAUUCAUAAAAAAAAUUAAAGAAAAAUACUUUAAGGUGGAAGCUGCAACUGCCCUUGCAGAAAGUAGCAGAAAAAAAUCGAAAAAAUUAGAGGAAAUUGAUUCUGACCGGGAAACUGAUGAAGAGAAAAAAGAAAGCAAAGGGAAGAAAAAGGACCGACCUGGAUUUAGAGACCGAAAGAUUAUUGAAUAUGAAAAUCGCAUUCGGGCUUAUUCUACUCCAGAUAAAAUAUUUCGAUAUUUUGCAACACUCAGAGUAUAUAAUGAACAUGGUGAAUCUGAUAUAUUUAUGACUCCAGAAGACUUUUUACGAUCUUUGACACCUGGUGUUAAACAACCAGAAGGUCUGGGACUGGAUCAGUUUAAAAGAGUUGAACUCAAAGCUGACACUUUUCACCUUCCUGGACGUAAGCUAGAACUAGAGAUGCAAACAACUGAUUCCAAAGGUGUUUUGACUCCCAAUGAAAAUAGUAUCUUUUACAAACUUCGAUCAUCUGGACUGAUAGGAUUUUCAGAAUACAUGUUUCUUCUAACUAUUUUAUCAGCAUCAAAAAGGCAUUUUGAAAUAGCAUUUCGAAUGUUUGAUUUAAAUGGAGAUGGAAAUGUUGAUUAUGAAGAGUUUGAUAAAGUUCAAACUAUUAUUCGUAGCCAGACUAGUGUCGGCAUGCGUCAUCGAGACCAUUCUAAUACAGGUAGUAUCUAUAAAGGAUUUGGCAGUGCUUUGUCCACUUACUUUUUUGGCCCAAAUUUAGAUAACAAAUUAACUAUUGAGAAAUUUUUGGAGUUUCAACGUCAUCUUCAGACUGAAAUUUUGACACUAGAAUUUCAAAGGAAGAAACCAAAUGCAGAAGGUUUCAUUAGGGAAGUUGAUUUUGCAGACCUGCUACUGACGUAUGCUGGUUUGUCUGAGAAAAAGCAUAUCAAAAUGUUGAAGCGAAUUAAAAAACGCUUUAAGAAUUCCAGAGGUAUAAGUCUUGAUGAUUAUUUGCUGUUUUUCCACUUUCUGAAUGAUAUAAAUGAUGUAGAUACGGCUUUGACUUUUUAUCAUAUUGCUGGAGCUUCUAUAGAUCAAGCAACUUUAAAGCAUGUCGCUAAAACUGUGGCACAUUUAGAUCUAAGUGAUCAUGUCAUUGACGUAGUGUUUACCUUAUUUGAUGAAAACAUGGAUGGACAGUUGAGCAACCGUGAGUUUGUUGCUGUCAUGAAAGAACGUUUGCAUCGUGGUUUAGAGAAACCGAAAGAUACUGGAUUUGUAAAACUUAUGGACUCGGCUUGGAAAUGUGCAAGAUUAAAGAAACCUGUUUUACUUGAUGUUUAAAUAUUUCAUUGUUAAUAAGUGCUAAAAAAAUUUCUCAUUGUUAUUGUCAUUUCUCAUUUCUGUUUACCUAUUGAAAAAUAGUGUUAUUGACUUCAGCUGCUACUUUUAAAUCUGAUAAGGAAGAAGAAAAUAUUAAAGUGAACUCUGAAAAACGUUUUCUUACUGACUACUUCAGUGAAGCAAUGGACAAAUACAGAAGAAAAUUCAAAAAUUAGGUUCUUUAAAGUUUGAAAUUGUUUAAUCUUUUUUGUUAGUAAAUAGUUUUCAAGGUCGUC